AUGAUUAAGUUGUCGGAAGAAACUGAGUUACAGGUGUAUAGAAGAAAACAACUAAUGUCAGGAUUCAGUGGGGAUUAUGUGGUUGGAAGAAAUUUAGGAGAAGUUGUUGAUAAUGUUGCAGAAGAUGCUGAUAAUGACAAAAAGGAAAAACAUAUCCCUAAAAAGGCAAAAAUAUUUCAUUCCCUGUAUAUUGAAAGAAUUGUUAAGGUUGGGGAUAAAAUGACUAAGGAUGAAACAGGAAUAUGCAAUUCAAUUUUUGCAUCUAAUAGAGAUAAUGGCGAUGAGAUUUGGGACAUUGGAACUAGUCAUUUGUUGCACCAGGGUUUUGCAUUUCAAUUUACUCAAUGA